AUGGACGACCCUCAUGACGGCUUGUUGAAUGAGCUGGAGAAAUGUCACUGCCCUCCAAUAGAUCCUGCCCUUUUCAGCGCCAUCGUAUCCGACUUUGACCUCGCAAUUCCUGCUCAAGUGGAACAGCUGCGGGACACCUUGAAAUCCUUGAAGGAGUCAGCUUUGGAGCAAGAGCAUCUCCCUUUUGAUCCCUCGGGCACUGCCAACAGCACGGAUGAAGGGACUGGGGCCGGCUCGUUGCCCGGUCUUACGGACGCCACAACUUUACUCUCCCUGGAAGAUCCGACCGAUGAAGGCGGCAGAGCCACCAAGUCCGAAACGAGCCCCAAGCCCCACCUCGCAUACACAGUUGCUGCUGAUGGGUCUCGAUCUCUGUCUGGGGCAACUCUGCAAGACAAGGUUGACUCUUUGCACGACCUGUUCCCCACAAUCACUCCGUUGACCAUUAAACAAACACUGCAAAAAUGUGCAGGUGAUAUUGAUAGGUCCAUGGAUGUCCUUCUAAAUCUCAUAUUCUUUGACGAGAACUACAUUGACGAGGACGGUACGAAGGUCUCGCUUCCCAAGGGCAUUGAUGGCUUCAUGCAAGAAGAUAUUGUUGGGUCCAGUCGCAAGAAGGGCCGCAAGAAGCGCCAGACCAAGAAUUAUGGCAAUUCGGAGUUUGAAUCAUCGUUAAUGGACUCACUGGAUGCCGAGCCCCCAAAUAAAUGGCAGUCGGGGCAGAGAGACAUUGAGUUUAUCUGGACCCGAACAUCAGCUGUGUUGACCAAGCAGUAUGUUACUUCCAUGUAUCAUGCAAAUGCAAUGUCGUUGCCUGCCACCAUUCGGGCUCUUGCUGUUGCGAAUUCUCCAGAGAAGCACUCGGACAAUCAAGAAGAUCUCGUAACGUCAGUUCAGGUCACAGAACUUUCACAUGACUUCCCUUCCAUCCCCUCCUCCACCCUUGCUGGGCUUUGCGCCGUCACGCAGAACAUAAUGUCCGCAACCAGUGAGCUGGCUGCCAAAAUGACCAGCCAAGCCUCUCCUCCGAUACUCUCCGACCUCAUCAAAUUCACUGCGCCGCCCAUCGAUAUCACGUCCGACCAUGACCAGCCAAAAAGACGCCCGUACACCUCGCACCCCCCUGUCAGUUACGACGAGGCCCACGCCUCUGCCACCACCCAAUUUGCCGCCGGCUCACAAGCCUAUUCCCAGGCCUCCCAGGCCUAUCGCCGGGGUGCUUCCACCCCCUUGCUGCGUGGUGCCGCGGCCUACUAUUCAGAGGUCGGACGGGACCACUUCAGCAAAGCCAAAGCCAACAUCGCCGCCGCUGCUGAUGCCCUUGUCGAAGAGCAGUCUUCCGGCUCCUGUAUUGACCUUCACGGCGUCCCUGUCCAGGACGCCGUCCGUAUCACUCGUGAUCGGGUGGCGGCCUGGUGGGGGUCACUGGGCGAAGCGAAGUACCAGCGCGGAGGUGGCCUCGGCGCUCGUGGUGGAUUUCGCAUCAUUACGGGCGUUGGGCGUCACAGUCGGGAUGGCACCUCGCGCCUGGGGCCCGCCGUGAGCAAGAUGCUGGUGCGAGAGGGGUGGCGCCUGGAGAUUGGGGAGGGCGAGCUGACGAACAUUUUGUCAACCUUCCCUCUAUUUAUCUCCAUGCGCUCUCAACUUGUAGUCCGCCCCUUCUUCUCCUUCUUCAGCCCCCGCGCUCUUCCCGUCAUCAAACCGGCCACUUUUGCGCCUCUGAGGCCUCUCUCAAGCUCGACCUUCAAAGCCCCGCGUUCCAUCUCCGGGAGUAAACUGCUCAAAGCCGCCCCCACCAUCCCCUUCUUCAGCGCCUUCUUCAGCUCAAACGCCAAAGCUGAGGAACCGUCCAAAAGCAUGUCCUACCCCGACCAACGAAGUGACGACCAGUGGAGGACCGUUUUGAGUCCGGAACAAUUCCGCAUCCUCCGCCAAAAGGGCACCGAGGCCCCCGGCACGGGCGAGUACGACAAGCACUCCCCCUCACAGGGCGUGUACAACUGCGCCGGGUGCAACGCGCCGCUCUAUAAAGCCAACCACAAGUUCAAGUCCGGCUGUGGCUGGCCAGCCUACUUUGAUUCUAUUCCUGGCGCAGUGACUAGACAUGUCGAUAAUACCUUUGGCAUGAAACGGACGGAGAUCGUCUGCAGCAACUGUGGCGGGCAUCUCGGCCAUGUCUUUGAGGGGGAGGGGUAUGACACGCCCACUGAUGAACGUCACUGCGUGAAUAGUAUUAGUUUGCGGUUUACGGAGGAUGAGCAGAAUCCGAAGGCGAAGGCGUAA